AUGCCAUAUCUAUCUAUUUAUACAACUCUAUCUAUCUAUCUAUCUAUCUAUCUAUCUAUCUAUCUAUCUAUCUAUCUAUAUAUAUAUAGCGCGACACAUCUUAUAUCUACCUAUAUAUCUAUAUCUCUGUAUAUAUGUGUAACCACCAUCUAUCUAUCUAUCUAUCUAUCUAUCUAUCUAUCUAUCUAUCUAUCUAUCUAUCUCUAUAUAUAUAAAGCGCUACACAUCUUAUAUCUAUCUAUCUUUCUAUCUAUCUAUAUCUCUCUUUCCUUUUCUAUAUUUCCUUUUCUUUAUUUCUUCUGUUCCCCUUUGAAGAUACUGUCUCUACUUCACUUUUCACAUGCGGCUCACAAUCGAACUAAAGUGAGGUGCUACGGGGAAGAAUCCGAUUCCUUCCUCGUCCGAAUGGGCGUCCGCCAAGGAUGUGUGCUCUCCCCCAUCCUGUUCAACUACAUUAUUGACUGGAUCCUGGAGAAUAGCAUGGUUGGCCUCGCGGGUGUCAGAGUUGGCCACGACUGCUCCAUCACCGAUGUCGAUUAUGCCGACGACGUUGCAAUCCUUAGCAAGUCCUACGCGGGGGUCCAGCAUGCACUCGACGUGGUCAAUCGUAUGGCGAAAAUGGUGGGGAUGAAAAUUAACUCUUCCAAGAGGAAAAUUCUCUCUGCGAACUACCCCCUACCUGAUCGAGUGGUUGUAACCCUCGAUGGUGAAGCUGUGGAAGAAGUCGAAAACUUCAAAUAUCUUGGCGCCAAUUUUACAGACACUGGUCAAGCGUAG